UAGUUAUAUAGCUGGCCCCAAGGUUUGUUUGUCUUCUUUUUUGCAGUUUUCAUCAUUUUCUCACAAGCAGUCGUUUGCUCGUGCCUGUACUAUAUCUUCUUUUUUCCUUUGGUUAUAAGACUAUCAGAGACAUUCGUUCCCAGUCAACAUGCGUACCUCGCAACUUCUGGCCUUCGCGGCUGCCCUUCCUUCCACCCUCGCUGCUUACAAGGGCUUCAACUAUGGCUCAAGCGGUCAAACCGAGUCCACAUUCGAAGCCGCCUUCACCUCGGCGCAGGAUCUCGUCGGAACUAGCUUCACCUCUGCCCGCUUGUAUACUAUGAUUCAAGAUACAACCACAAACACUCCCAUUGAGGCCAUCCCUGCUGCCAUUGCCACCAACACCACUCUGCUUUUUGGUCUGUGGGCUUCAGCUGGUGAUGCCGAUUUCGCCAACGAGCUUGCCGCCUUGAGCUCUGCCAUUUCGACAUACGGCAGCUCGUUGACUGAUCUGGUCGCCGGUAUCAGCGUUGGAUCCGAGGACAUUUACCGCAUCACACCCAUUGGUGUUGAGAGCGACGCUGGAACCGGUGUCGGUCCCGAUGUUAUCAUCGACUACAUCGGCCAAGUCCGAUCCGCCAUCGCUGGCACUGUUCUGGCUGACGUCCCCGUCGGCCACGUCGACACCUACAACGUCUGGACAAACUCCAGCCAAGACGCAUUGAUUGCCGCCGUUGACUUCCUCGGUGUCGAUGCUUACCCAUACUACGAGACCACAAAGGCCAACAGCAUCGAUAACGCAAACGCCACUUUCUGGGCCGAUUACUCCGACACCACGGCGGUGAGCACCGACAAGCCUGUUUGGAUCACCGAGACUGGUUGGCCAGUUUCAGGCGCGACCGAGAACGAGGCCGUCGCAUCAGUCGACAACGCACAGACAUACUUCUCCGAGGUUGGCUGCUUGGCCUUCGCUGACGACAUCAACAUCUGGUGGUACACUCUUCAAGAUGCUGGCUCUAGCCCCAGUUUCGGUGUUGUAGGAGCUGGUUCGCCUCCUCCAACUACGCCACUUUACAGCUUGAGCUGCUAGACUUGAUGAGAAAUGCAUUGUUUACGAGAGCAAAAAAUGGGAGUUUUUGGAUAAGAUAAAAAAGGGCCUGAUGAACUGGGUAUCAUCAGUAUAGACAAUGAUAAUGAAAUGGAUAAUUCAAUUCAUGAAUGGAUCGAAUUCAAGUGCAUCAUAACUUCCUGCACCACCCAAGAUCAGAUCAAUCUUCGCCGAUGAUUUCCGCCAAUGAGGUUGUCGCACGUGACGAGCAUGAGCCCUAAACCUCUUUUGUGAUUGUCAACAUUCCUUAUGUCAACAAUCGACUUUGGAACACUUCAAAAGCCCAUCU